GAAUCUACUGCUUCUUUUUUGGACAAGCCUUCUUCUGCCUGACCACAGCUACCAUGGCUGAGAGACAGAUCCCCUUCACUCUGGCCCGGGCCCUGACCUGGGACCCCUUCCGUGACUGGCCCCCCGCCAGCCGCAUCUUUGACCAGUCCUUCGGCAUGCCUGCCCUGUUCGAGGAUUUCCCCGCAUUCCCCAGCACCCACUGGCCGGGGUACCUGAGAUCCUCCCACGUGGGCCCAGACAUCAUGAUGCCCCACAGCCACAUGCUGUACCCCGGCCACACACUGGGCCACCACCCCCGGGCCCUGGCCCGCCAGAUGAGCAGCGGGAUGUCAGAGAUCAAGCAGACUGGGGACAACUGGAAGGUGUCCCUGGACGUCAGCCACUUCUCACCUGAGGAGCUGGUGGUGAAGACCAAGGAUGGAAUCUUGGAGAUAACCGGCAAGCAUGAAGAGAGGAAGGACGAGCACGGCUUCAUUUCCAGAAGCUUCACCAGGAAAUACAGCCUCCCUCCCACUGUCAACAUGGAGAAGGUGACUUCCUCCCUCUCUCCUGAGGGGAUUCUGACUGUGGAUGCUCCCAUCGCCAAGCCGGCCAUCGAGUCGUCUGAGACCACUAUUCCUGUUAAUGUGGAAGGUGCCGUUGCCAAGAAGUAAAGAGCGGCACCUCACUCCUCCCCGACACUUAUCAACACACACAUUCAGAUAUUUUACCCACAGCUCAGACUUGUGGAGUUUCUCUGAUGUCAUACACUGCAUGUUUUUAUGAUUCCUUUUUUUAUUUUUGAUAUUUCCCCGUCUGUGUUCGUGUUGUUAUACUUGAGUUGGACGACAGUUUUUUUCUAAAGCUGUUUUUGGAAGGAGAUGAAAGAAAAAUAAAGAUUGAAAAAAAA